AUGGCGAGCAAUCACAAGCUGGUUUGCGCACGGGCGGCCAGACGACAGUUCGGCGGUGCGUUUCAGCAAGCUGUUCGAGACUACCGCGGUGCUAAGUUGUCCGCUCUUACCUUGGCCAAAGGAUUGGAGGAGCGCCUCCCCGACGGACUUUCGUAUCUUCCGCUGGCCUUUCUUUACGACGAGGAAGUGGCACAGCUUUCCUGGGAAGGUUCCGUGGCGAGGGCCAAUGCAGAGGCCCGGGCCAGGCAAACGAACUUCCGAGUGAUGGCAAGGACCCGGCCUCUGCAACCGCAAGAAUUGGAAGACAAACUUUACGAGUCCAUUAGCUCAGAAAGAGGCAACAAUGCAAUCGUCGUACACGACGGGCGUGUCCAUCGAGAUGGCAGGACCAUCUAUGCGGUGCACUCCCGCUUCUGCCUGGAUGCAGUGUUUCAUGAGCGUGCUGACAACCAGGAGGUGUUUGAGGAGGCUGUGCAGCCUUUGCUGAAUGCAUCCCUUGAAGGAGGUCGGGCAACCGUGGUCUUUUUUGGCCAAACUGGCACUGGCAAGACAUAUACGGCCCGUGGAGCCUUGGACCUCAUGUCAGAGCGCGUCUUCCAGAAAACGGACAACGUGGAGAUGUGCUGCUACGAGAUGGCAGGGACGCGCGGAGGGCGCGAAGCCUUCUUCGAUUUGCUUGCGGGGGAGGAGAAAAGGCAAGUGAAGUGCUUGACUGGCGAGGACGGCAACGUGCACGUGCGAGGUGCUCAGACGAUCGUGUGCACGUCCAGGACAGAGCUCUGCAAUGCAAUGGACAAGGCAUUCUUGUGGCGAUCCUCUGAGUGCACCGAGCGGAACGAAGCCUCCUCGAGGUCCCACUGCAUUCUGGAGUUCAAGUUCCCGGGUCCCGAUGGUGAGAGUUCUGGGCUCUUCCGUGUGGUCGAUCUCGCUGGCUCGGAGAGAAACUUCGAAACUCAAAUGCACAGCCGGUCCAUGGCUGAGAGGGGUGGCCUGAUCAACUACUCGCUUCUCAUGCUGAAGGAAUGUGCGCGGGUGAUGCACAACAAGCAGAAGGAUCUUGAAGGCCCGGAGAUGCAUGUACCCUUCCGAUCAUCCCGGCUCACCCAUCUCUUGAGGAGUUCCUUCACAGAUGACUCACACAUGACUACCGUGGUGGCCACGUUGUCCCCGUCUCCCACAGACGUGGAGCACUCCCUGAACACCUUGCAGCACGUGGGGAUGAUGCGCUCCGCCAGGGCUUGGGAGAAGUGGUCCGCAGCUUUCCAGGAGGCACCCGAGGCUCCUGUCACUGCCUCCGCGGGCUUCGACGCCGUCCAGGGCCGGGGCCGCGCACUGCACUCCAAGCUGCAAGAUGCACGGAAGGGUCAACUCAACCUCCACGCUUUCCAGAUGAAGACGGCCGUGGGAGGCAGCAUCAUGAAGAAGUACGAGGCCCAGAGCGCGAAGACAGAGACCUUUAUCGAUGCGCGCUGGCACCGAGAGCUGAAUGUGAAAGUGCAAGAUGACCUUUGGGUGCUUCGCGAUGCCGACGCGGAAGCCACCCAGAUCCUCUCCUCCUGGAAGGCCGAGCAAUGGGCUGCCUCUAAGGUCCACGAUCUCUCGCGCUGGAGCGCCGAGACGCUGCAGGCCUUCCUGCGCACGCUGGACCUGCCGGGGGAGGUGAGGAUCCCCUCGACCAUGACGGGGGCGCAGCUGCGCCGUUUGGGGCGCAGGGGCUUGGCGGCGCUGUGCAGCGACGCCGAAACUGCCGAGGCCCUGGCUUUGGCCCUGGCGGGCGAGAGCCAGGCAGGCAAAGCAGCGGCAGCGGCCCACCGGAGCACCAACAUCCGCAUGACAGCCCUCGGAAACCACAAGGUCCAUGCAGCCAUUGAGCCAUUUGAGCCCGAGAUCGAGCCCGAAGCCGUCGAUGCGAGCACCCAUGCGCAUGCGCAGCAUGAGCCUGCGCUGGCAACAGCAGCUGCUUGA